AUGGCGUCGCCCGAGUUCAGCGCUGCCGUUGCAUCUGUGGCAGGCCUCGCUCCGCCUGACAAACCGAAAGGAUACCAGGAACUGCUGCAACAAGCCUUGAGCUCGGGUAGCACUGUGGAACAGAAGGGGGAGAACCUAGUUGCAUACUCAGACUCAUUACUAUCCUCCUCUGGCCUCAAUGUCAUUGCCAUCAGACCCCUCCUGACCCAGCUCAUCGCUUCUCUCUCAUCUGCUCCCGCCGAAGUCAAGGUUAGGGUGGGAUCACACCUAGCGGAAAGCCUAGAGACUCAGGUCGCUUCGUUUGAGGAGCAAGAUGCGGCAGUAAGAGAAACUCUUGCAGAUGGCUAUGAAGCGGAGGAAGACUGGACGGCUGCUGCCAAAGCUCUCCAAGGCAUCCGCCUGGAGUCUACCCAGAGACAAGUCUCCGAUGUCGCUAAAGUCACGACGUGGGUGCGCAUCGUGAGAUGUUUCCUCGAGGACGAUGAUACUGUUUCCGCCGAGACUGCCCUCAACCGCAUCAAGAAUUCCAAUACGGCGGCUCAGGUUCUGCAGUCAAGCCCUGACCUGUCCCUUCAUUACCAACUCUCACAGGCUCGAAUCCUCGACUCCCGGCGGGACUUCCUCAAUGCCUCGGCCGAGUAUCUCAACGUCUCGAACAGUAGUCAGGUCGACGAACAAGACCGCCUCUCUGCGUUGUCAGCUGCCAUCCGAACUGCAAUCCUCGCACCAGCGGGUCCGCAGCGCAGUCGAACACUGAACAAGCUGUACAAAGAUGAGCGGUCAAGCGAGACUGGGGACUAUUCCAUACUUGAGAACAUGUUUCUGGAUCGUCUGCUUGCUCCUGCUGAAGUAGAAGCAUUCGCAGCGAACUUGAUGCCCCACCAGUUGGCAAAGACUGCAGAUGGUAGCACCGUCUUGAGUAAAGCAGUCCUUGAGCACAACUUGAUCGCUGUCAGUCGUCUGUACGAGAACAUCUCGACCGAGGCGUUGGCUCUUCUAUUGGGCCUCAAGGAUGGCAAGGACGAUACUGCUGCGGAAAAGGCUGAGGACUACGCUGCCCGUAUGGUGGAGCAAGGAAGAUUGCGAGCUGAAAUUGACCAACUCGCUGGAGUCAUUACCUUUGAGAGUGUUCCUGGAGUCGAGCUUCAAGGUCCUGCUCGGCAACUUCGGGCAUGGGAUGCUGGUGUUUUGGGUUUGGUCGAAGAUGUUGAGCGCUGCGCUACUGCCAUCAACGAGAAGUAUCCGGUCAGUCAACCUUCCAAACCUGCUUGCUGA